AUGGCUCGAGAAAGUAGUGCCGGCUUUGAUCGACACAUUACAAUUUUCUCACCAGAGGGAAGAUUGUACCAAGUCGAGUAUGCUCUUAAAGCAAUUAACCAAGGUGGUCUGACGUCUGUAGCACUGCGAGGCGCAGACGCAGCAGUGGUGGCAGCCCAGCGCAAGGUCCCCGAUCGCCUCUUGGAUCCGCAAUCUGUUACUCACCUUUUCAGACUCACUGAUCGUAUCGGUUGUGUAAUGACUGGAAUGACAGCGGACAGUAAAUCUCAAGUACAGCGAGCUCGUUAUGAGGCAGCCAACUGGCAAUACAAGUAUGGUACAGAGAUCCCAGUCCACAUCCUUUGCCGCCGCAUUGCAGAUAUAUCUCAGGUUUACACUCAAAAUGCUGAGAUGAGACCUCUCGGUUGUAGCAUGAUGUUAAUAGCGUAUGACGACGAGAGCGGUGCAAGCGUGUACAAAACAGAUCCGUCGGGGUACUACUGCUCAUAUGCGGCGGUAGCCGCCGGGGCCAAGGCCACGGACGCUAAUGCCUACCUCGAAAAGAAACUAAAAAAACGUGCGGACCUCUCCACCGACGACGCGGUGCAACUCGCCAUCUCGUGUCUUUCGCACGUGUUGUCCGUCGAUUUCAAGAGCUCCGAGAUCGAAGUGGGCAUUGUCACCAAGGAAGAUCCCAAGUUUAAGGUUCUGGCAGAAAAUGAGAUAGAUAGACAUCUAACAGCUAUCUCGGAAAAGGACUGA